GGAGCUAUGCUACCUGCGGCGGCUGGCCGCCUGUGUGGGUCGCGGCUUGGGCUGCGGGGAGCAGCGCUCCGCCUUGCCAGGCAACAGGUCCCCGGCGUCUGUGCAGCGCGACAGUUGAGGAGCAGCAGCCACCGAAGGAGUGAAGCCCUCGCGGGUGCCCCUCUGGAUAAUGCUCCCAAGGAAUACCCUCCCAAGAUCCAGCAACUGGUCCAAGACAUCGCCAGCCUCACGCUCCUGGAGAUCUCAGACCUCAAUGAGCUCCUGAAGAAAACGUUGAAGAUUCAGGAUGUUGGCCUGAUGCCAAUGGGUGGCAUGAUGCCUGGUGCCGUCCCUGCUGCAGCAGCAGCCCCUGAGGUGGCUGAGGCAGAAGACAUCCGCAAACAGAAAGAACGGACACACUUCACCGUCCCCCUGACAGAAGCAAAGCCCGUGGACAAAGUGAAACUCAUCAAGGAGAUCAAGAACUAUGUCCAGGGCAUAAACCUUGUGCAGGCCAAAGCCGAGGCCGAGAAGAUCAAGGCAGCCUUGGAAGCAGUGGGUGGCACUGUGGUUCUGGAGUGACACCCCCGUUCCGAGGACUUUUGGACUAUGUCCCUGGGACCUGGGCAAGGCCCGCUCACCCCUGCUUCACUCCCAGGUGGGGUGUUGGGAGCAACAGCUACUAACACUGGAGACCGAGUUCUGGGAGAGAGACAGGACGGACCUACUGUGAUGGGGAGGCCCGCCACAGCUGUGCAGAGCUCUCCUGAUUGCCUGGAGAACUUACAGAGUGAACACGCCCCUGUGGCUACUGAGAAAAUACACUGUUG